AUGCGGUUGACUUUAAAAAAAAUGUAUUGGUAUACCCUUGGUAUCUUUGAAGGAGCAUACUACACGAGAAAAGGUAAGCGAUAGUAAGUUAUCAAAACGACAAAAUGUGAACUCAAUAAGAAUGCUAAUUAGCUCAUCAUUAAAAUGAGUUUGACUAAUGGCGCGGCUCACGGGUCGUGGAUUAUAUGUCGCGGGUGCAGGUUUGAUGUCGCGGAUGCGGGUCGAAAGUCACGGGUGGAAAAUUACUUUGCGUGAAAUUCAAGUUAGAGUUCGAAGUAAAUGACUAAAAAUGACCGGAUAAUAUGUAGGUAAUAAUUCCUCUAUUGCCACUAAAAAGAAUCCUCCUUUUGAGUGAGGGUCUAGGUGAUAAAAAAAAAAUUCACAACUGGAAUAAAAUAACUCCCCCAUCAAACUUAAAGUCUUAAAACGUUUACAGAAAAAAAAUCGUUUUCAUGCACAAGACUUCUUCGGUAGCAACCAACAGCCAAUUUACAGGUUACAAAUAUCAGAGUCAAUAUUAUUGUCUAAAGGAAAGAGCUAAAAGAAAAAUCGGGCCGAAUUAUGUUUCUUUCUUAUCGUAUAUCGGGCCCCGACGAAUAGUUACCUACUGCUCCAUUUCAGUGACCCAAGUAAGAAGAUGCUGGGUAAGAUUUAACACAUGAAUUCACCUGUCAAAACUUUGACCAAUCUCAGACUAGAUUGGUUCUAGAGCUUGAAAAAACGCGUGACCAAGCUAAAAGCACAUCUUUCAAACUUUGUUUGUGAAAGUUUUUUUUGUCUUAAGUUAAACAAACGAAAUCCAAGAUCUUUAUUGGAAUAUUCGCUGAUCGAUAGGUUUCAAUAUUUUAUAGCAAUGGAGGCUCCACCACACGUGUAUGCUGAGGCUCCGCUAAAUACUCUUUUGUUUGGUUGAGUGAGGUGUUCUACGAUACAAAGAGUAUUCGCUUAUAAUUUUGAAGUAUUUUUCAAGUAGGUUUAAGCAACUAUAAUUUUGCCUGCAACCUGAUAUAACCUGAAAUCGGAAAAUCGUAGAAACCUGCUAAAUUGUCUUUUUCAGAAAAGCCGAGGAUAAGGGUACCGUUGGCGGAACUGCGAACUGUACCAAACCAUUAUAUCUGGUUUCUGCUGGAAGGUACCCUACCGAUUAACUUGACCCUAGUGAAUACAUCAAAACCUUUGGAGGGCGGUGUCAACAGAAAAGGACUCCAACUAAAUCGGACGGGUACCUACAAGUAUACUCUACUAGCAGAAAACAAUGAAGGAAAUGACUCAAAAACGGUUGAAGUAACCGUUCUGGGUAAGGAUUCAAUGCUGUUAAAUUUCAUUCAAUGUAGAUAAGACAUUUUGCAAUUAGCACAAACAGUUGUGUUGAAUUUUGUCCUUAUUUUAUCCGUUAAUGAUUCAAUUCAUUCCGUGAAAAAUGAAUGUAAAAAGUUUUAGACUACGUACUUGCUUUUAUUUUGCUAAUGUUUUGAACACCAGAACAUGGGUAAUUUGUGCCAAUUUAGGUCUGUAAACAAUAAGGAUUUACCAAAUAUGGAAAUUUGGGUUUCGCCAUUACUCUGAGUAAAAUGAAAAUUCCUUAUUGUCUAAUAAUACAGUAUUAAUGCAUAUAUCGAAAUGUGCCUCUUCCUUGAAAAAUUGCCGCCACCAAAUGCCUUAUUCUUGCGUUCAUUCACUUUGCAGAUUGCAAUCAUUGGUGUCGCAGUACAGGUUCGAUAACAAGUUCUGGCCAAGUUACCAACGAACACGACUGUAGUAAAAGCAACAUAACACAUAACUGGAACUGCAUUCCAACUACAACUACUGAAUUGUAA